CGCGACGUAGCUCCUUCGCAGCUUAGAAAUAGCAGAGGGUCCGCUAUGACGUCGCCGUAUUGUCACCAUGCGCUCUCGAUGAAUUGCAUAUAUGAGCGCCGCCGUCCCAUGGGUCUCUACAACAAACACGAUACCCAAAUCUAGUUCCUGAUAUCCAAUUUCUAAUCUUCGAACACCCAAAAGCGUCAACAUGGUCAACAAGGUUAUCCAAUUGAGGUGCGACUGCAAUCAGUACCCGUGGGGAAAGCAGGGUCGCGAGUCUCUCGCAGCCACACUAUGCGAGAAGACACCGGGCAAUGGCUUCAAACUCGACGAGAGCAAGUCCUACGCUGAGAUGUGGAUGGGCACGUACCCAACACUACCCUCCUAUGUCCUCGAGACCGACGAGGACCUCCAGGAUGUGCUUGACAAGCACUCGGACGAGCUCAUUGGACAGAACGUCAUCAAGAAGUUCGGCCACUCAAAGCUGCCAUACCUCCCCAAGGUUCUGUCAAUAGCGAAGGCACUGCCCCUGCAGCUGCACCCGAACAAAGAGCUCGCCGCAAAGCUCCAUGCAAAAGAUCCUGAACAGUUCACUGACGCAAACCACAAGCCUGAGAUCGCUCUAGCCCUCGGGCCUUUCGAGGCGUUCGUUGGCUUCAAGCCACUCAAGGACAUCCAGCAGCUGAUGGAACUUGAGCCUCUCCAGAAGUUCCUCCCAGAGAUCAAGAAGGCCGACUUCGACGACCAGGCGCUCAAGCAUGUUGUUAAGACUUUGCUCAAGGCAUCCGAAGACGAUGUGCGCAAGACAAACGAAGCCCUUUUGAAGCUGCCCAAAGAGAGAUUUGGCAGGGAGACAUACAUUCCUGAGCUCAUCCCCCGUCUUUCGGAGCAGUACGAUGUGGAGGAUAACGGCACUCUUGUCGCGCUGAUCACGAUGAACUACCUGCAGCUCAACGAGGGCGACAGCAUCUACAUUCCCGCCGACGGUAUUCAUGCUUACUUGUCCGGAGACAUCAUCGAGUGCAUGGCGCGAUCAGACAACGUCCUCAACACCGGCUUCUGCCCGCGCGCGGACCGCAACAACGUCGAUACCUUCGUUGGUUGCCUGACAUUCAACCCCCACGACACGAGCGAGGCGAUCCUGAAGCCGCGCAAGUUCGACGGCAGCAAGAACGGCAAGACGCAGAUCUACGCGCCACCAAUGAGCGAGUUCAACAUGCUGAUGACUACUUUGAACGAUGGCGAGAACGACAUAAUCCGUGCGAUCGGAGGGCCCAGCAUUAUGAUCGUGAGCGAGGGCGAAGGUACGCUGGAGGCAGAUGGCAAGGAGCACAAGCUGAGCGCAGGCUAUAUCUUUUUCAUCGGCCAGGGUACUGAGUUGAAGUUCUCAGCAACAAAGAAGCUGAAGGCUUUCACGGCUCAUGCGGAGUAAAAGGUGAAAUAAGGGUGAAUCCGCCCCGC